AUGGAGAACGAUAGCUCUUUAGCAGCACAGUAUGCUGCUCUUGCCGCAGGGAUGGGUCACCCUGCUGCUGCUGCUGCUCCUCCUCCUCUUCCUGCUGCGUCUGUGGCCGUAGGCCCAGAUCAGCAGCAAGCGGCAAUAGCUGCUGCUGCUGCUGCAGGAGCCACAGCAGCUGCUGGUGCUGCUGCUGCAGUGCAUCGAGACACGUUGCUGCAGGGUACAACAAUAGCUCAUGGGGUCCUACCUAUAGCAGCUGCAGCAGCAGCACCAAUGCCAGGCGCAGCAGCACCAGUAGCAGCACCAGUAGCAGCACCAGUAGCAGCAACAGCAGCACCAGCUGCUAUAUAUAAUCAGAAAAUAGAAGCUGCUGCUGGUGCUGCAGCAGCAGCAGCAGCAGGUGCAGCACCACUCGCAUAUACAGCAGGCGCGCCUAUGCCACCUGCAGCAGCAACAGUAGCAGCAAUAGCAGCACCACCAGCAGGAACUGCAGCAGCACCAGCAGCACCAGUUGCAGCACCAAUAACAACAGCAUCGGCAGCAACUGCAGCAGCACCAGCAGCAACUGCAGCAGCAGCACCAGCAGCAGCUGCAGCAGCAGCACCAGUAGCUGUUAAGUUAGAGGGACGGCCUGCUGCUCAGAAGACAUCUUCUUCUAGCAUCAGCAGCAGCAGCAACAGCACCGUUAGCAGCAAGAGCAGCAGCAGCAACAGCAGCAACAAGGGUGCUGCUGCUACUACUGCCCUCAAGCGCAAGGGUACUGAACGCAGCAGCAGUAGCAGCAGCAGUAGCAGCAGCAGCAACAGCAGCAGCAGCAAGGUAAAAAGGCAAAAGAAUGCAACAGGGGCCUCUUCUGCUGCUGCUGCUUCUGAUUCAAACAGCAGCAGCAGCAGCAGCAGCGACAGCAGCAGCGGCAGCGACAGCAGCAGCAGCGGAAGCGACAGUUCAUCAGAAGAUGAGGAAGAGCUUGCUAUGCUGCAGCAGCAGGAGCAGCAGCAGCUAGCUCCGCUGCUGCAGCAGGUGCUGCAGCAGCUGCGCACAAUGUAUGACGAGCAGCUGCAGCAAGCAGCAACUUUACGACAAAAACAAAUUGAAUUAACGGGCAUAUGUCCAAUUACUAAUCAGGGAACUCCUAAUUCUUUGUUGCUGCGGCCUCCACCUCCACAUAUUCCUUACACUAAACUCCUUAAAUUUCGUCGGCAGCGGAACCAGGUGCUGCUGCAGCGUGUAGCAGCAGCAGCAGCAGGAGAGGAGUUGCUGCUGCCUUCGUUUAAUGAGGAGACAGUUGCUGCUACUCUUAGGCAGCUGGAGGCAGAGGAGGGAGCAGCAGCAGCAGCAGCAACAGAUGCAGCAGCAGCAGCAGAAGCAACGAAGAUGCAGCAGCAGCCGCUGCCUACCCGCCACAAGCUGCUGCACCUAAAUGGCCACCGUUGCUGCAAGCGCUGCUGCAUGCGCUGCACGCUGCAGCGCAGCAGCAGCAGCAGCAGCAACAGCAGCAACGACGAUGAUAGGCCUUUAGGUAUGGUUUGCUGCUGCUGCUACUCCUUUACCCCGGUCCCUGGGGAGAGAGAUGUGCUCAGCAGCUGCAGCAACAGCAGCAGCAGCAGUAGCAGCAGCAGCAGCAGCAGCAGCAGCAAGCGGUGGCAGCAUAGAAGCGAACACAUCUUUGGGCAAGUCACUUCGGCUUCCCACUACACCAGCGGAGACGACGGCAGCAGCAGCAGCAGCAGCAGCAGCAGCAGCAGCAGUAGCAGCAGUAGCAGCAGCAGCAGUGCAAAAGGCGGGAGCAGCAAAUCUGUGGGGAAGCAGCCUUUGUCCCGGCAGCAGCAGCAGCAGCAACAGCAGCAGCAGCAGCAGCAGAAGCAGCGCCUUAUACGAGGCCCCAACAGUACAUCAAGCAGCAGCAGCACCAGCAGCACCAGCAGCAGCAAACCUCCUGCUCCUACUGCUGCUGCUGCUGCAGGAUUCUUUGGUGGAGACAAGAGACCUAAACCCUGGGCGCCACGGCAGCCGCUGCAGCAGCAGCAGCAGCAGCAGCAGCAGCGGCCGCCGUCGUUGCUGCAGCGGCAGCCAGGUGCCCCAGCAGGAUCAGCAGUCUCCCAAGCCAGCAACAGCACCAGCAGCAGCAGCAGCAACAACAGCAGCAGCAGCAGCAAACCGCAACCCUUACCAGGGCUUGCCAACAAGACCGUCAAGCAACCCCUCAGAAACCCUCCGGGGAAGUUUCAGCAGAUGUUAGCUGCAGUGUUUAAUGCAGACCCUAAUGCCUCUUGGGAAACCCUAACCCUUAAGACAGAGGCCCAGGCAAAGGAGUUGGUUGGAUUGUUGGCUCAAGCCCCUGAAGCCUAUCAUCUGCAGUGUAUAAGUCUGCUGCAACGCGGCAGCCCUGCUGCUGUUAAGGGUUUUGUUGCAUGCGGGGGUUUAGGGCUCCUCUCCUUAAUUGCUGCUGUUGCUGCUGGUAGAGAAAAACCCCCGCUGCUGUUUGGUGGUGUUUCUCCUUUUAUUAAGAAUCUUGCUGCUCAGGUCCUUAAAUUAUGGCAAAAAGAUAAGCACCAGAAUUCAGAGGGAGGAGCUGCUGCUGGUACAGCUGCAGCAGGUCAGCCGAAGGCAGCAGCAGCAGCAGCAACAGCAGCAACAUCUUCAGAUUCUUUGUUAGAAGGGUUGUUGCUAGCUGGAUCUGAGGCGGAGCAGCGCCGGCAGCGGCAACAGCAGCAGCAGCAGCAGAAGCAGCAGCAGCAGCAGGAGUCCCGGAGUGACGACACCUCGAGCACUGCAGCAACAGCAGCAGCAAAACCAGCAGCAACAGCAGCAGCAUCUGGAUGCGACCCAGCUUCCCCCCCAACACCAAACAGCACCACCAACAGCAACAGCAACAGCAGCAGCAGCAACAGCAGCAGCAGCAGCAGCAGCAGCGAGGAGGCCCAAGCCCUUAACAGCAGCCUAGAUUCCUUGCUGCAGUUAGGGAAAGCAAUUGAGCAGAGCAGAGAGCAGCAAGUAGCGCAGCUAGCUGGUGAGUACUCCCCUACUGCAGACACGGAGCCUGCUGCUGCUCCUGCUGCUGCUGCUGCUGCUCCUUCUACUAGUGGAGCAGCAGCAGCAGGAACAGCAAGUGGUGCUGCUACUCCAGCAGGAGCUGCAGCAGCAACACAAGGAACCGGAAGCAACGCUGCUGCAGCAGCCGAUCCCAACGAUCCCACACAAGGACAAUCCCAGCUAAGAGGAGAUAAACAGCUAAGGUUUGCUGCAGAUUGUGGUCUUGUGUCUGGUGUCCUUUAUGAUUCCCUAGACCCUCCUAGCACAAUACGAGAAGCGCAGCACUGCGGCAGUGAUGGUCUCCGUGCAGCAGCAGCAGCAGGAGCAGCAGCAGGAGAAUCAGCAGCAGCAGCAGCAGCAGAUGGAGGAGACAGCUUUGCUAUCCGUCGUAUUGUGUCUUCAUUGUUGAAGUUGGAGAAUGUGCUGCGGCUGCCAGCAGCAGCAGCAGCAGCAGCAGCAGGUAUACCCGAGAGGCUGCCUGCCCCUACUAGGGUUUAUGCUGCUGUCCCUCCAUUUAAUGGUGCAUGCAUGCGUAUAAUACUUCCUAUAGAGAAGGAGCCACCUGCUGCUGCCGUUGCUGCUGCUGCUGCUGCACCUAUUGCUGCUGCUCCUGCUGCACCUGUUGCUGCUUCUGCUGUUCCUGCUGCUGCUGGAUCCCCAGUAGACAGCAGGGAUAGCAUUACCCCACAGACAGCAGCAUGCAGUAGUAUACCUGCAGCAGCAGCGUCAGCAGCAGCAGCAGCACCUCCAGGUAGUGCGCAGCCGCCGCUGUAUCAUGACCAGCAGCAACUAAGUCAUGCCUUGCUGCAGCAGCAGCAAAUGGGUCAUCCUGCUUUGCUGCACCCACAGCAGCAGCAGCUGCAGCCACCACCGCCACAUCAGCAGCAGCAGAUGCAGCAAAUGCUGCUGCAGCAACCACCGCCUCCCCUUUUCUUACAUGGAUUCCCCCCUCCUCCUCUCCCUGGUCUGCUGCUGCCUCCUGCCCCUGUGCCGCUGCAGCAGCAGCACCACCAUCCGCUGCAGCAGCAGCACCACCACCUCCCGCUGCAGCAGCAGCACCGCAGGAGACCCCCUGACUACCGCGGUAAACAUCACCGCAUGCAGCAGCAGCAGCAGCAGCAGCACGGCCGCAUGGGUGGGCAACAAAACCCAGAGAGCACCGCACCGUGGCGCUCGUAG